UGCGGGCGCGGCCCCGUCUCCCUGCGGCUCUCGGUGGUGCGGCGGCCCGGCCCGCAAGGCCCCCCCGCAGCCCCGGGCAUGGGAGCCCGCGGGCCGGCGGCCGGGGCUGGAGGAGGAAGAGGAGAAAGAGGAAGAGAAGGAGGCGGCGGCGGGGGCCGCUGACCGGCGCCGGGGCGGCGCGGCAGCCCCGAGGCCGCGGAUAGAGACCGUGGCUGGAGCCGCCCCCCUGCCCCGCUAAGUGCACAUGUCCGCCUGCCCGUGCCCGGAAGAUGACCAGGCUGCUCCUGGGGGUGACCCUGGAAAGGAUUUGCAAGGCCGUGCUGCUGCUCUGCCUGCUCCACUUCGUUAUCAUCAUGAUCCUCUACUUCGAUGUCUACGCGCAGCACCUGGACUUCUUCAGCCGCUUCAAUGCCAGGAACGCCUCGCGCACACACCCCUUCUCCAACUCCUCCCGCCCCAACGGCACCGUCCCCAGCUAUGGGCCGGCUGGAGCUGAGGCCCCGUCCCCCAGCGCCAAGCCCAGCACCAACCACUCCACCACUGAGAAGCCCUUGCAGCCCUGCCAGGAGACACCUCCCGGCUUAGUCGGGCGCCUGCUCAUCGAGUUCAGCUCUCCCAUGAGCAUGGAGCGGGUGCAGCGGGAGAACCCCGACGUGCGCCUGGGUGGCAAGUACACCCCCACGGACUGCCUGCCCCGGCAGAAGGUAGCCAUCCUCAUCCCAUUCCGGCACCGUGAGCACCACCUCAAGUACUGGCUGCACUAUCUGCACCCCAUCCUGCGCCGGCAGAAGGUGGCUUAUGGCAUCUACAUCAUCAACCAGUUCGGUGAGGACACCUUCAACCGGGCCAAGCUGCUGAACGUGGGCUUCCUGGAGGCGCUCAAGGAUGAUGAGGAGUACGAUUGCUUCAUUUUCAGCGACGUGGACCUCAUCCCCAUGGACGACCGUAACCUCUAUCGCUGCUAUGAGCAGCCACGGCACUUUGCUGUUGGCAUGGACAAGUUUGGGUUCAGGCUGCCGUACGCUGGCUACUUUGGCGGUGUCUCUGGGCUGAGCAAGUCCCAGUUCCUGAAGAUCAAUGGCUUUCCCAAUGAGUACUGGGGCUGGGGAGGAGAGGAUGAUGACAUCUUUAACCGCAUCUCCCUGAAUGGCAUGAAGGUGUCGAGGCCCGACAUCCGCAUUGGGAGGUACCGCAUGAUCAAGCAUGAACGGGACAAACACAAUGAGCCCAACCCGCAGAGAUUCACCAAGAUCCAGAACACCAAAAUGACGAUGAAGCGGGAUGGGAUCAGCUCGCUGCAGUACCGGCUGGUGGAGGUCUCACGCCAGCCUAUGUACACCAACAUCACAGUGGAGAUCGGCAGGCCACCCCCCCGCCUGGCCCGGGGCUAGUGCUUGUGCCACCUGCAGAGCCAUGGGGACCCGGCUCUGUGUCCGGGCUGACUGGGCAAGGUGGGUUUUGCCCCAGCUCGAGAGCCAGGACUGGACAGGGAUGUUUUCUCCCUACUCUGCUGCCUUCUGGAGACGGCUGCCUCCCAGCCGGCCCCUCACUCCCCAGGAUUUCUCUGUCCCCCCUGUCCCCACGAGUGUGUUUGCAAGACCCCCACCCCAUACUCACUGUGUUGGUGGACGAGAUUGGCCACCCCCCGGCACAGAGGGAGGGGGCAGCCCCAGCACUGGUGAGGAGCCCCCUGCCCAUGCCAGCUCCUGCCUGCACACUGGGCUGGAGGGUGAGAUCCCUCUGCUCUGGGAAUGCUGGGGGGCGUCCCUAUCAGCACUGCAAGGAGUGGGGUGCAGGCUUCCCCCUUCAGCAGUGCUGGAGCCACUGCUGCCCCAGCCAGGGGUGGGAGCAGCCCAGGCCCCCCUGAGCAGGCAGGAUCAGGGUGAGGUUGCUGCCCUGUUGGGCAUGCAGACAUGGCUAGCUGUCUUCCUCUGCUUUAGUCUGGUGCUUAGAGCCGGGCCCUGUCUCAGCUCUGCCAAACAGAGACCUCUGGUUAGCGAAUGCCCCUCGCUGUGCCUCAGUUUACCCAGGGCUGGGGGCUGGCAGCCGUAUCCCAUCCCCUCGUCCCCAAGGCAGAUGCUGUGUGCAUGCAGCCCUUGCCUGCACCUGCCCUCCCCACUUGGGGAGUGGGAAUGGGGCUCAUUUCAACCCCUCGUGGUGUGGGCUGGCACCAGGAGGGGGUCGCCCUGCAGCAGCAAGUGUCCCACAGGCAGUUUGGAGACUAUUGGAGUCUCCCCCUUUUCUGGCUUCCCCCUUCCUUGGGGCAGGGGGGCUGCAGGCAGGAGAGGUCGGGGCCAUGCAGGGCAGGUGCCCUGUGCCCCUCCAUGGGACUGAGAGCCCCAGCAGCCCCCCACACCCCACAGGGGGGCCGGGAGCAGUGGGGCUGGGAGCGGGGCAGCACGCCAGGGCAGGGGGGCACUGGUGACUUUUGUACAUUUGAAUGUCUGACCCUUUUUUUCAGCGUACGUUGAAUGCAGCGUUCGGUCGCAGGGACCGGGGGUUUUGUAUUUAAUAAAAGUUUGAAAAGCUC